CAGGUGUAAUACUCAUUAGAAGGGUGGAGGUUGAAGAUACGCACCUUUCCUAUAGAAAGUUUCAUUUUUUAACUGAAAAUAUUUUGUCAACAAAGAAGUGGAUAUCUUUGGAGGAUUUGUGCUGUUGUAAACCUCUGUCCACGUGUGUGGUACUGUGGUAGAUAGAUCCAGAACUGCAAUGUGUGUUGUAUUGUGGCAGAUAGUCCUGGUGUCCAGGUUGCAUGUAGGUCAGAUGAAGAUGGAGAUGUAGGUCAGUUGCUGGAGGGAACAUGAUGCUGGUAUUGUGUUUCAGCUGCGACAAUAUCAAAGAUCUUCACUGAGCCUGUAUCAGCCCUGUGUUCAUGAUAGGUUAUCUUGUUUGUUGAUUUCAUCGAUCCCGUGAAGAGUCUAUGCAUGAAGAUUAAGGAGAAAAUCUCCAAAGAGGGCUCUGACCCUGACCCUUUCAUUCCCGGAUCUUUCACUGACGACCGCAGCUACCUUCUCGUGAUGCCCGUCGCCAACAGUCACGACUGCCCCCACACAGGGGGGACAACUGCGACAUCUAGAGGUCCAUCACCUCCUAAAUCUCAAAGCAGCAUUCCAGCCACAAUUCAGGAGGAGCUGUACGGUUCCGAGGAACUCUACUCCAACUCCUCCUCAUUGACAACAAGUGCAGUGAAAGUAGAGAUCUCUGACAUUGGAGAAGGAAGUCUCAACUUGACCACCAGUGCACUCAGGAAGUGCAAACAGUUAGUGCUGCGGCCAUAUUGGAUGCUGCUCAUGUUUAUUGGGUGGCGAGGGUUUGGCCGUGAGUCUAUCAACUCGGGCGGAAGGAGGUGGAAGGUCCUGAACAUGGUCUACCCCGUGCUCAUCAUCCUGCUGCUGCUGUACACCUACAUCUACGAGAUGGUGGCCUGUGAGUGGAAGCUGGACGUCAAGAAGGACACUCAGAGUUCCAAAACUACAGCCGUAACAAUAAGACCAACUCCGCCGUCUAACGAGACCAACACCACGACACAAUACAUUCCGCUCUAUCCCCUCGACCCGGCCGAGACGGUGGAGGCCAACCUGACCCAGACAGACAGUCCCCCGUUAGCAUGCGAGCAUGUCAUCACAACCUACGUCAUCCCAAACUUCCUGCACUUCAUAGCAUACAUCAUGGGAUUUAUCUACUUCCGUAUCCACGACAAUGAACAUCUGUACGCCCUCAUGGAGAAGGUUUUUUUACAAGCAACACCUUUGCAAAGCCGGACAGCUUCCCAGAAAAAGAUGAUAAGGAAACUAAGGUGCUUCCUGGCUUGUGGAACUAUCUGGGUGCUGCUCACCCUGUGUCUACAAGGUCUGUACGUGUGGGCGUUCAACUUCCCGGGGCUCGCCAUCUUCCAGCAGAUUGGGCGUGAGUGUCACUGGAUCCUGUUUGUGUUUGAGUUGGUGGGCCGCAUGGUUCUCAAUGCGGUGAAUCUUGCAGUGGUUGUCAAUUACGCCACACAGUGCGAGAUGAUUCUGUUCUUUGUCCGCGGUCUGACGCUACGGCUGCAGGAGAAGUCCACUGACCUACGUACAGCCAUGAAGGAUGUUCUCAUGCUGAGACAGACGUUGAGUAUGUUGAAUGGCAGCAUAUCCAAGAUGACAUCUCUCACCUCUGUCAUCCUGGGAGAGCUCACUAUAAUAGGUAUUAGCAUCCUGGCCCUGAACAAGUAUAACACAGUGAAGGUGUGGACGUACAGAAGUAUAUUUCCGGUCAUCUGGGCACUCAUGCUCAGUUUUCCAUUGUUUCAGGCAGCACGAGUUAACUCUGUGUGUCGGAGAAUAAAGAAAAUCUCUCUGGAGAUGCGAGUGUUUGGUUACAAGAACAACUCACAGCUAGAUCUGGACUCCUUUCUCUUGUUUGUUGGCCACACAAACCUCAAGGCCAAGUUAUUCCACAUUCCUAUCCAGCCAUCGUAUGUUAUAUCCAUCCUAGUACUCGGAGCAUUUGUCUUACUGAUCCUGUUUCAAACAAGCAGCAUAGGGCCAGUUGACUACAUAUUCUAAUGAACUAUGGUAUUGAAGGACCAACCAAUGUGUGGCAACAGACAUGUCUGGAGCUUGAAGACAGGAACAGGUGCUUUCAGUGACAUCCCUCCCAAGUGUUCAUGGUGAGGAGGGACUGAAUAGUGGUGAAUGUGAAGGUUCAACCAGAGUUUACUGUUCCAGACAAGACAUGGUGAUGACCUGGAUUAUAAGACUGAGCAUGAAGUGUCACAUUCUUUACUCUUUACCAUAGCAGGAUGUAGCUGUGAUAUGACCAUAGAUCCAAGAAAACUCCAGACAUAACAGGGACAGAAGAUCCUGGCAUGGCCGAGGGAGCUCUGGUGGUUGAUUUGAAUUCCACCUGAUUAUGAUUCUAUGUUUGUCAGCACCAUACCUGUAUAUCACUGACACAUGUCUGAAGACCUUCGUCACCCUCCUUCCACAUUGAUAGUGCUCAAAACCCUGUGAAGAUCCAGGUUAGAAUUGGUCUUCAGCAACCCAUGCUUGUCAUACUAACAACUAACAGAUCAAGUGGUCAGGCUCGCUGACUCAGUUGAUGCAUAUCGUAAUCCAUUUGUUUAGGACAAUGAUGAUGAUGUCAAUCACUGGAUUGUCUGGUCCACACUUGAUUCUUUACAUACCGCCAUCAUAUAGUUGGAAUGUUGCAAGGUGCAGAGUUAAACAGACAAUAAUAAUACUCAAUACAUGAUGAUACUCGGCAACUUCAACUGUUUUUGCACACCAUAAUUUGUAUAUUUAGUCGCUGCAGAAGGCUGCCUUACAUUGCCAUUGCACAGCAAUACAGUCAUACAGACCAUGAAACAAAUAUACCCAAUACAGCCCAUGCAAGUCAAUAAUAUUUGGCAAGUCUAUGUUACUGCAGUAUCUGAAAAUCAAAGUCUCUUGGCUCCUUUUUUAUUAUAUAUAACAAUAAUUUAACAGCUGUUUUCUUCGGUAAAAUAUGUUCAUGUCAGAGACUUAGUCUAAGCAGGACAUACAAACAUGGUAAUAGUAUUCUGGAAUUAUAUAAGAUGGGCUAUUGCUAAAAGUUUGUGUGUUGUUGUCAUAUUAUUAAAACAGUCUCCUUUUCUCCUUGAACAAUUGGUCAACAAUCCAGGUAGUAUUUUGUACUAAGCUCCAUUGAACCGUCACUAGCUGGAGACCUACAGGCGAUGUGUCCUGUUCAUUAGUAAACUGUUGCUGAUAUGGUAAGAUGUGUGGAUAUGGUAGGCAUGUACCGGUAUUUAAAGGUGCCUGUGAAACUGCCACACAUGAAUGUUGUUCAGAAGAAUCAGGUCAUUUGCCUUUGAGAUCUGGUGCUUGCAAUGUGUGACUGACUGGCAGAUUGUAGGUCAGCUUGCCCAGUUGCGUGGAUCAAUGCUCAUGCUGUUAAAUAAACUCUGGUUUGCCGGAACACACUUGAUUAUUUAUCACCUACCAUGAAUUGUCUGUAAUAUUGCUGACUGCGGCAUUAAUUAAUAUUCACUCCCUCACUUUACACAGUGCCUUUGUCUGAUAUUAUGCUGUUUACACCAAAUAAUACCUUUAUGAAAAAUACUCAAUACCUGUUUGUAAUCGUGUUUAAACACCAAAAUGCUCAAUAAGGGUUUUUGUCACUGCAAAUGCUGCUUACAUUGCCAUUACUUGAAUAUUGCACAGCAGAAUAUGCAAACCUAACAAUAGUAUUUUGAGAUUAUAUAACAUGGGACAAAGCAAAAAUGUGGGAUUUUUGUGUCUUUGAAACUAUGGCCCGGUUAUUUAUCUUGAACCUCUGUGUUGUUUCAAAGAAUAAUCAGGACAAGGUCGACAUAAAAUUACCAGCUCAGGAAAUUACAUACAUUUUGGGAGGACCCUUUAUAAGAAUGUUUCUUGUAACAAACUGUUUUGGAACAGAGAGAGAAUCAGCGAUGGACAAGCUGAAAAUAGUCCAUUACAUCAGGGAGGAUCUAUUAUUAUUGCUGCAAUUUGUUCUUAAAUAAUAGAGGCCUACAGACUUAACUGUGUCAAGUAUCACUGCACAUCGCGGUAACAUGCAAUGCUCUGCAGGGGCCAUCUAACAACAUCUAAAACGCAACAAAAUUUGCACUCAAAUAUCAGAAGUGUUUGGGCGAGUUGAUAGAACUUUGAUCAACUUCGAAAAUAUUUGUCUUCGCUUAAGUUUCCAAAUUAUUUCAGGGCAAAUUUGACAGGUGAUGGCUGCAACCACGUUUUCAGAACCCAGAUGUUGAUUUUGUUAAACGUUCUCUGAUUGGACCAUAGUAUGUGCCAUAGUCCUCUCAUAUGUUAGCACAGAAAAGAAGGUUAAAAUGGCAAAGAUUGAAACUUGGAUUUCAGAUAGGCAAGUGGACACUCUUGCCUCUGGAAGAUGCAAAAUAGCUGGAGUAAUAAAUUAUUCCGAUAUACAUAUGUUCUAUACAUGAUAAUUACCACUGCAGUGCUAGAAACAUUGUUUUCAUCCAUGUCUUUCAUUUUAUACAUUAUUACCCAGGUCCUUGAUAUAACAAAUAUCCUGUCUUUCAUUUCAAAUAUAGUUUGUGCUUGUUAUUAUUGUGAGCUGCUGUAUAUGCUGUUGUACCGUGGAGUCUAUUGCCACAGUGUUAUAUCACAUGCCUGGUGUAUAGCUAUAUAUUUAUAAUGUAUUGUGUAAUGUUGUGUAUGACAUUGUUAUAUUGUAUUUAGUACUGUUGUGACAUUUAUACACCAGUGUAAUUAUGGCUUGUGGAUAUAGUUUAAUUCAGCUCACUAUAAACAUGGUUUGUUAAACAAUUAAUUUGCUUUGAUGUCAAGAUGCUGUCAAGACUGAAUAUAUUCAUGUAUACAACCUGCCAGUCCCUUCUCACCACAUGCUGUAGCCUGGUGGUUAAUGUGUUCGCUGAUGACCCGGGUUUGAUUCCCCACAUGGGUACAAUGUGUGAAGCCAGUUUGAUAUUGCUGGAAUAUUGCUUAAAGCGGCGUAAAACAAUACUCACUUUUCGCAUCAACUCUCAUCACUGUUAACUUUAGCCUGAUCACCAUGAAGAUACCAUGUUGUGUGGCCUUUUGUGAUAUUGAAAUUGAUGAUGAUGAUGAUGAUGAUGAUGAUGAAGGGACCAAAAGAAUAAACUAAUGUGAUAAUUUUGAAGCCUUUAGCUGUAAAAUAGAGAUUACUACACAAGUGUGUGUCAGAUUCCAUAUAUCUUACAACUUGUUUCAAAGCGAAUCGAAUGAGCAUAAGACAGGCAUGAAUGAGUGCAGUAAUCUGUUCCUUACUCACCCUACAAUCCCACCAUUUUAGCAUUGGCUAUUCUCAUGAUCACAGUGGCACAUUAAUACAUAACACGAGGGAUGUCAUUCGGUUUACUGCUUAAUAAUAUUCAUACCUAGUGUAACCUUUCACAAAAAUGUUUCAGAUAUAUCUGUGGCAUAUCAAGGCGAUGAUGGUAAUGCAAACUAGAUACAAAGACCAAAGAACAUAUAUUAAAUACUUAAAAACGAUAAUGUUUUGACACAGAUGGAGGUGAAUUCGACUGGAGCAUGAGAAACUUUAUCAGGAAAGUAGUCUGUCAUAAUCUGAACUUAGGUCAUCACCAUGGUGUUGCCAGUCAUGUACCUGGAAUUUGAUAUAUCUCUCACACGUUUAAUACCUUUUUUCUUAACAUGAAUCACUAGCAUUUAUUCUCUUUAAUACUUGCAAGUUUUUCUAAGAAGUACAACAGAAUAAGGAGUCAGUAGCCCAUGUUGAAAUUUUCACCAAAUUAUCACUUCACACAUAUCUUGAAAUAGGUCAAAGAUGUAGGUAGACUUGGCACCCUUGAGACAUCAACCGUCAAAUUACUAUUAACCCUCAAAAGUAUUUUUCACUAGAUCCGAAAUGUAUUUGUGUUUUUACAUAACAGUAGCACAACUAGGUCUAGUAUAUACUCUCCAUGAUGAAGCAUAUAGAUGUGCCUUCAACAGAUGAGGGCAGGUUGGGUAGCCUGGUGCUUAAUGAGUUCGCUCAUCAUACCGAAGACCCGGGUUUGAUUCCCAACAUGGGUACAAUGCGUAAGCCUGUUUCUGGUAAAACUAUACUCACUCACUCUACAGAUAACAUCUCUGUACACACAUCGGCGCAAAUAGAAGAUUGCUGAUGUGGCAUAAUAAAGCGCUGAUUUUCGCACAACGCUGGUGUAAUAAUGUAGAAAUUGUUUAUGUGAUCUUCCACAUGUCUUAUUGUGUAUUGUGUUUUUGUAUAUAACAUGGCAGCCCAAGUGUAUGGUGAUAUGCCUGAUAUUGUUCUGUUUAAACUGUUGUGAAGAGUACUGAAGACACCCCUUCUACAAUAAUUCAUUAACAUGUUAUUUGUUGAAAUGUUCUAUAUUUCUAUUUUCAGCUCACAAUAUUUGUUGUGAAAUAUAUUUAUGAUAUCAACAUAUAAAACAUGAAUAUUGUUUCAAUAAAUAAAUGAGCAUCUUGCUUUUGUAAGUCA